AUGAAGUCGCUAGUUUUGCUGCUCGCCCUCGCAGGCAUCGCCCAGUUGCACGGAUUCAAGCUGUGCGAAGAACGUGAGCCAGGCGCGUUCGUGGGCAACCCAGCGAACUGCAGCGAGUUCUACAUGUGCCGAUCUGGCCGACCCGUGCUGUUCACCUGCCCCACGGACAUGUACUUCGACGUCGACUCCGCAUCCUGCGGCCACGAGGCGUUCUGUGCCGAAAAUGAGCUCUCGAGCGAGGAAGUGGCUGAGCUUUCGAGUGGAUUCACCCCUAUCGUGGCAGUUCCACCUCGGUUGGAGUACGAAAGCAGCAUAUGUCGUGGUGCAACCCCGGGAAAAAUCCGUACCGAUCCGAAAGGCUGCGAAGCGUUCUACCAGUGCACGAAGAUCGCUCCUCUACGGUUCUCCUGUCCGGCUGGCACUCUGUUCGAUAGCAAACGCCUUGUGUGUGAGGCCACCGAUAAAGCCUUCUGUCUGGUAGCUCCAGUGACGACGGCACCACCAAGCCACAGUUCCGGAAGUGGCGGUUCGAGCAUCAGCUCGCUGCUCGACGUAAUGUGCCACGGUAAGCAGAAUGGGAUGAAAUUCUCGCACCCGAUCAACUGCCGCCAGUACUUCCUGUGCAAUGGGCGAGACCGUGCGGUGCUGAUGAACUGCCCACCCGGUACGGCCUACCACAAGACGCGCAAGGUGUGCGACUUUGCUCAGUUCGUGACCUGCUAA